ACCAGCCCUAGACCUCUGCUUGUGGGUCCUUCCUCUGAAGACGUCACCAGUGUGUGGAGCCUGCCCCACACCCACUCCCUGCCAAACCACGGCCUUUACCUGUGUCUUCCGGUGUUUCCCGUGCGACCCAUCCUGUGGGAGUGCCUCGUGGGCCACUCCGGAGUUCACUCCACGCUCUGCGGCGCCAAUGGUGAAGAUGACAAGAUCCAAGACUUUCCAGGCGUAUCUGCCUUCCUGCCACCGGACCUACAGCUGCAUUCACUGCAGAGCCCACUUGGCCAAUCACGAUGAACUCAUUUCCAAGUCGUUCCAAGGAAGUCAAGGACGAGCAUACCUCUUUAACUCAGUAGUUAAUGUGGGCUGCGGGCCUGCAGAAGAGCGAGUGUUGCUCACAGGACUGCAUGCAGUCGCAGACAUUUACUGUGAAAACUGCAAAACCACUCUGGGCUGGAAAUAUGAACAUGCCUUUGAAAGCAGCCAGAAAUAUAAAGAAGGCAAAUACAUCAUUGAGCUAGCACACAUGAUCAAGGACAAUGGCUGGGACUGAUCAGAGGGUAUCUGCCUACCCCAGUGUCCACGUGAACGCCAUCCAACCGAACAUUCUACCCAAGCGUGAGAGAGUGACUGAACACUUGGUUCCAUCCAUUUAGGGGCCUUGCCAUCUGGGGCAUUCUCCCACCCUGCCGCCGUCUUUCUGGUGACCGGCCUCUAAAUCGCUGUCUCUCUGUCUCUUUGCUUUGUAUCUGUUUGUGAGUUGAUCCUGGCUUCUCUCUCUGUUCUAGUGUUGGCUGAAAACAAAACAACGAAAGGAACAGAUGCCUGACCGCAUGGCGGCAGCCCACCUUGAUAAGGGCCCCGGGGCCCAUUAAGAGCUGCCUGAUGGCCUCUUGUCAGGAGAGCAGUGGCACAGCACAGGGGUACAAGGAAGAAGGAAAUGGGGAGCCUUGAGGGUCCCAGGGCUGGUCAGGGGACGGGAUGUUAGAGGGAGGAACAAAAUUGUGCUGCUCCUGGAGUCCUGGUAACUUAGGCUUGAAAUAAUCGACUUGUCUAAAAGGACAAAGAAAAAAAAUACCUCAUAGACUGCAUUCUCUCUGAUCAGAAGCUUCUGUUCCUGACACCAGCUGUGUCCAGUUAGCAUUGGAGCACAAGAACGGGCCCUAACUAGUGGGGCAGGGGCCUGGUCCUCCUGGGUCCAGUUAGGGGUGUCCUGGCAGCAGAGAGUGUGAAGCCCAGAUGGUUUUGAUAAGCUCUGAUGCCUCACUGCCCCUUCAGGUAAUCUUUGCCUCUUCAGCCACUGUUGGUGAGAGGAGGGGAGACUGCCUUUUGCAAUGGGUGCAAGAUCCAAACAUCCCAAAGGCUUUGACCGCCAACAAAGUUAAAAAUCAGUAAUUGAGGAGAACAGGGAACAAAGGGGGCUGCCAUUUGGGAGCUUCUGCAGAAAUGGCUCAGAUAUUAUUGGCCAGGAAAAAAAAAAAAAAAUAGAACCAGCUAGCGGUUCUGACUGUCUGACCUUUUCCCCCCUGACCCCUAAUAAGAAAAGAGCAUUGUGGCAAGGAAGUGGGUGGGGUGGGGCAAUAGUUUAGAUUUGAGCCAUUACAGGUUAGUGUAUCUUUCCCCUUUGGUAUGCAAUGGCUUCAGUGAGAUCAGCAGUUCUUUGUAGAUAGAGUUUUGAUUGUUUUUCUCCAGUUCUAUCAUUGUAGAUUGUGGAAAACAAAGUCCUAAGGCUUUGAGCUUAGUGAUAACUGGGCCAGUAGAUUGCUUAUGCCCCUAGCUGUUCUCCUUGGACUUGAAUGCUUUGUGUGGAGAGAAAUUGUCAGAGUGGUCCAGCAGUGGGGAGGGCUUAGGUAUGAUGUCAAACAUCAAGUAACAAAUUCCGAUAUUAGCCCCUGCCUCUCAUCUCCCAAACCAAAGUUCAUUAUAUU